AUGAUUUCAUCAGAGUUGAUUGUUGCUUUGAUUUCGAUUGUAUUGCAUGUUGCCAAUUAUAAUGCAACCGCUCAAUAUGAAUAUACUACAAGAACUUUUACAAAGGUAGCUAUAGCAGAAAAGAUAAAUUUCAUUUUAAUAGGUAAAAAUACAAUCUAUUAUUAUGCAGUAUAUUUGAUUGCCAGUGCAUUGGUAAGAGAUCAUUUCAUUGAUGUAGCAAUUAGAGCAGAUCGUUUCGGAGUAGAGAUGUUCCCAGACGAAUUCGCAACACUCUUGGGUAACUCUUGUUUCAUCUUUGGUAUCUUGUUGAACAUCUGGACACUCUACUGUUUGGGUAUCAAGGGAAUGUACAACGGUGACAGCUUCGGUCACAUCAUGGACGCUCCAGUAACCGGUGGUGUCUACCAAUACUUUAACGAUCCACAAUACGUCGGUACUACCAUCUCUUGUCUCGGUUAUGCAAUUAGAUAUCAAAGUAUCAAUGGAUUCAUUUGUACUGCUGCAAUGGGAUUGGUAUUCUAUAUUUCAGUUAAAUUCGUUGAAGGACCACACAUGAAUAGAAUCUACGAGAAUAAGAACGCAUCGAGAAUCAACUUUAAGAAUUUAAAGAGUCUUAGAAAUUUAUAA